CGUCCCUGAGGUGGCUGAAUUUCUGAUGUCCAUCGAGACAGCCACACAGUAUGUGGAGAGGUCCCUCGUGGCUGUGUCCACCAAGGCCAUUAAGUUCCACAUUGACGAGGCAGACAAGGUGGUCUACAGCACAUCCCCCUCAUCCCUUUUACCUGCUGUACAUGGAGUCCUGCAGGUGAUACCAGAGCAGGGGACAUGUGCACAAUGUGGUCAUGAAAUGGCGGCAGUGCCCACCGACCAAGUGCCGCUAUUUCACCAAGCGGAUGUCCUCCCUGUCCAGGUUCACAAGAAAGUGUGCAGCAGCUGCAGGAGGGAGACCUGUUUCGAUGGAGGAGAGGUCUCCAUCUUGAAUAUGGGGUCGUUCCUCAUGCACCACUCCCUCCUGAGGGACUACAUGCUGCAUUUCCUUUUUUCUGGGACUUCCAUCCACAAUUAUUUCAGAGUGUGGAAGCAACGAAUGCAGGACAUUGGCAGUAACACCACACAACUGACCUACUACAAAUUCCGCAUGGGCUGGUACGCAUUUCUGGGCCUGUUAGACCUUGAGGGGGGGGUUUGUCUGCCACACCUGCCAGGAAAACCCAGAAGUUAUUGUGAUGGAUGGCACCACCCUGGGCUACCACCAGAGGUACCGGCUGGACCUACCAGCAGCACCACCAGCAGCACCAAUGGGAGCAGGAAGAUAAGUAUUUAUUCUUUUAUUACUUUACUUUAUAGGUAUACAUUCUCUUUCCUUUUGAACUCAGGUUGUUAACAACUCCUGUACCAUCCUUGCAAUGCCAUGUAUGUUUGCAGGCCGUACUAGGUACGCACUUUAAAGGUACACUGUGCAGGACAUGGUCAAAAAAGGUACUGCAACUAUGCUGCUCAUUCAAACUGGUUUGCCUAUUGCCAAAUUUGAUCUUUUCAUGAAAGUUUACGAAAUAAUAAACUAACACUUUCUAGUAAGGCAGAACUACAGUCAUUUUCACCACUAAAAAUUACCAUUUCUGGAAAAUCAAAAUGGCGGACCAUAUAUGCACUGAAUACUUAGAAUUUGAUGGUGUUGGUAAGUACUCACGACAAAGGUAACAUUAGCGAAGGGUUAGCAUAAAUUCUGGAAAUAGGCAACUUAAAAAUCUUACACAGUGUACCUUUAUAAGUCAAUUUUUUGUGUGUUAUGCAGCAUCUAUGUAUGAUGUAUGUCCAAGACACAAUUCCCUCUGCACAAAUAAAAAGAAUCUUGAGUAUUGAAUAUUGUUGUCAUUUUUUGUGAACAACUACCAUCCUUGUCAUGCCAUGUAUGUUUGUAGACCGUACUAUGCACUUUCAUGCAACUUUAUUCUGGUACUUUAUGUCUGUAUGUGGUUCUUUUGUAUCAUGUGUUGUGUGUUGUGCAGCAGCUAUGUAUGUCAAAGACAAAUUGCCCUCGGUACCAAUAAAAAGAAUCUUGGAAAUUCAAUCUUGAGCAUUGCUGCCGUUCAUUGCAAUACUGUUUACUGUUUCCUGGCACUGUGCACUCCUUUCAGUCAAGCAGCAGUGUUUUCUUACAAGGACAUUGUGAAUUGUUGAGUGACAAUGACAAACAGUUUAAGUCUUAAGUCUAAUUGUGCUAUUUCUGUUAUCUCUUUCCUCUGAGCACUAGGCACAUGGACCGUGUGCUUUUCCCCUGUAAGUCCCUGAGGGAGAAGCUGGCCCGGUACAGUCGGGGUGGGAAUGAGUCUGAGUUCUUGCAGCUAGAGGAGGAGGUGGAGCGCAAAGCCAGCUUCCUGUCUCCACUCCUCACCAUGUUCAGAAAUGAGGGCCAUUUACAGCAGGCGCCCCAGGCCUAUCGGUGCCUCCUCACUGAGCUGUCCAAGUCGUCACCAACGUGUGCGCUGUUACACCCUUGCCCUGAUUUGGACAGCCUCCUUGAGCAUUUGUUUGAGGGGAAAGGGGGGGAUAUUAGGCAUGACAGUGCUCUAAUGCAUAAAGUGCAUCACCAUUGUCCCCUUUUGUGGCAGGUACUCUGUGCAGAUGGAUUAAAGGAAGGAAUACUUCCUCUCCUUCGCCAGAUGUACACUGUUGCGAAACAGGCCUUUAUCAGUGAAGGAGGGCCACACGCCACGGACAAUGGUGGGGACAUGACGCCCAGUCCCCUGGACUUCUUUCCACACCUGCCCAUCAAGAGGCCCAGAGGCAGAUACCUCCAGGACCAAGGGAAGAAGGAGGUGGGGAAGGAGGACUGCAAGAAGGAAGGAGGUCAGCACACCACCCUCAUUCCAGGCAUUUUUACAAUGUUCUGUGGACAUGGCCUAGGCUAACCUCACUGUUGGAACACAUGUUGGAACAGAGAAUGCAUUUGGCCAUCCUUAUGUGCAAUAUCUCAAAGGCUGUGUUCCAAAAAUAUAAUGCCUUGGUAUGUAUGCGGUUUUACAUUGGUGAUGUCCAUAUCAUUCAGCAUUUAUUUUAGUCCUCCACAUGAGUAAGAACACCAUAACCAGGGCACUACUGCACCUCUUUACCAUCAGAAAUAUUUCUUCAUUGUAGUCUUAGGCUAUAUAGUAGCCUACUUGUUUUUGGUCUGUUUUAGUGUACAAAGCGGAUUGCACAAAAAGUGGGAAUACUUGGUGUUUUAUGAAUAAAUCAAAAUAAUGCCUUUUUCAAAAGAUUCAAUCUGUUAAUAAGACAGGCCAUUGAUCAAAGUCAAUUUUGAGGAAAAUAUGUGCUCAUCUGAAAUAUCAACCUUGCAACAAAUCCCCAAAUAGUUGGGACGGGGCCAAUAAAAUGCUUUUAAAAGUUGGAUAAGACAAAAGACAAAACAAAGGAAGUGACUUUGCAGUGAAAUACGUUGAUGCUGCUUUUAUUCAAAAAUAGAUAGGCUACUUCACUGUGUGAGACAUGAUUUCAGCAGCUCAACUGAUAGGUGUGUUCUUCAACUUGUUUACCUUCUUGUUAUGCAUAUGUGGUAUAUCCUGACUGCAAGCUGAUCAUUUUACCACCUGUUUACUGUUAUGAUGUAGGCUAACCACACUGUUGGAACACAUGUUGGAACAGAGAAUGCAUUUGGCCAUCCUUAUGUGCAAUAUCUCAAAGGCUGUGCUCCAAAAAUAUAGGCUAAUGCCUUACCUGUAUGCGGUUUUACAUUGGUGAUGUCCAUAUCAUUCAGCAUUUACUUGUCCUCCACAUGAGUAAGAAGACCAUGUGCACUGCACCUCUUAACCAUCAUAUGCACUGUCUUUCAGACUGAUCACUGAAUCAAGCCGAAAUAUCCGUCCUCUGUGUAACCUGAAGAGUGCAAGACUUCAUCUUUUCAAAAAAGGAAUAGGCUAAAUAUUUUUUAUUUUGUAAUCAGAGGACAGUUUCAAAUGUCUUCUGGGUCAAUCUACAAUGAG